AUGGAUGGUGGGCAAGCAGGAGCAGAAAUUGUCGCCGCUGAUAAGCCUGUUGUCACCAAAGGCAAAAGUCAAAAGGGUAGAGCCAGACAGUUAGCAGCUGGUGCUAAUGUUGAACAUCCUGUGAGUGAUGAAGACUUGGAGGAGGAGCUGGUAGCAGCAAAACCCCAGAGAAAAAAGGUCACCAAACCACUGGUGAGAGAUGCGAUCAAAGCAUUAAACGCUGGCGUCAUUAUCAAUGGAUCAACAAAGGCACGUGACACAGAUGUCCAGAAGAUUGAUAUUCCCAAAAAAAUUUCAUUUGCUGGACAUAUCCUGGGGUGGAUAUCAACUGUUCCCACAAUCGCCUCAAAGCCAUCCUCCAUGUCCAAGGCUGCCACGCACUCACGCAGUACUAGUACUGGUUCUGCUUUCUCUAAGCUCACAAGAGGGAGCACUAUCAGCAGCAAUGUUCCACCCCCAUCCACACCCAUCAGUAUUCCUUAUGCUGGGUCUACUUUCUUGAAUCUGUAUGCGUCUGACGCUGAUGAGGACGAGGAUGAGGAGCUGUUCACCAAACCUCUUUCUGGUUUCACAGGCAAAAAGGCUUUAACUGGGAGUCUGAUCAUAUGGAUAUUCAAAUUUGAUGUAGUUCCAACCAAAACUGCAGAUCACCCUGAUCCAAUUGAGGAUGCCAAGCACGCAGAAGUCCUCAGCAACAUCCACAACCAAAUUAUCUUCAUGAAUUCGGGUAUUGGCGACAUCACCCCUCCUCCACAGCUUGCCUUCCUAGGGGACUAUAAGUCCGAUUCUGAUGCCAGUCAUGAGCUACAGGCUGCAGAUUAUGACUCCGACCUUGUACCUCCACCCCUUGCCCAAAAACCCACUUCCCACUCUGCCUUCCCAGUGGAUUAUGAGUUGCUGGCUGCGAGCCAGAAGCGGAAACUGUCACCUCUUCUGAGCGAUGACGACUUAUUGUCGCUGUCAUCCGAUGAUGAAAUUGUAGAUGUCCAAAUCAUUCCAGUCUGA